GCAACAACUGUGGACAAUUGUCUUUCCUUUUAAUUUAGCUUUAACAACCCCCCACCAUCCGUAAUCGGCCUCAAUUGUUUAGAAGAGCGACACCGGACAGCCAUUGACCCAUUUGAUUGCACAACGCAGAGGUGCCGAUAGUCAUCCUUUACAGCUUCCCUUCGUCCUAAAUAAGAAUUGCGGCUCAACUAUCCGAUACAGGAUUGUCGCGCAUGGAGCCUUCACAUGGGAUUGUGGGCGGGGCACCCGCUUCCAGCCCAACCAUAGGCGCGCGGCCAGGUACAGGAGAAGGCUUCAACAAACGCAAGAGAAGUGGUGCAGGUUUUGAGAGUAGUCCUGGAACUGGAAAUGAACAAACAGGAAACGAACAAGAUGAUGAAGAUGCAGAGAGGAAGCGACAGCCAGCUGUGAAGAGAGCUUGCAAUGAAUGCCGUCAACAGAAACUUCGUUGUGAUGUCGUUCAAAAUCCUUACAGCACUUGCGGUCGAUGUCAGCGAUUAAAGCUCGAAUGUAAGAUUGAGCAUAACUUCAAAAGAGUGGGAAAACGAACCAAACAUGCGGAGAUGGAGAAGCAAAUGGAAAGAUAUGAGCAAUUAAUAGCUCGUCAAGAACAAUUAAUAGCUCGCGCUCGACAUCAAGGAUUCGUUUACGAUGAUGAAGAACUCGGAUCCCCAGUCACGAAUAGCAGUGUUUAUCAACAUUCGAGAAAUCAGUCAUACAUAGGAGGAGGAUCAGAUGAAGCCGUGUCAUCCCUACUACAUCUCAAGCAGGGAGGUUCAUACAAAGUACCACAAUAUGCGCGACAAAUCGAGAACGUGGGACUAACACAGGAUGCCAUUGACCAUCUGUUCGCCGAUUUCUUUCAAUUUUACCACCCAUAUCUCCCAUUUCUUAGCACGCAACAAACCCCCGAUCAAUAUUACCAACAAGAACCCCUUCUUUUCUGGGUCAUCAUUACCAUUGCGGCACGUCGAUAUACUGUGGACCCAGAUUUAUUGUCUAAUCUUCGUCAGCCUGUUACGAAAAUGAUGUGGUCGAAAAUCGCAGACGUUCCUAACAAUUACCAUUUUGUCAAAGCAAUAAUUUUGUUAUGUACUUGGCCAAUGCCUGUAGCUUCAACGGCAGCAGAUAUCACGCAUAUUUUGUGCGGUGUAAUGAUGAAAGCCGCAACUGGCAUUGGGCUCCAUAGGCCAAACAACACUCAAGAUUUCUCCCGAGUAUCUGUAGAUCUGAACAGGGAGCAGUUACAUGACAGAGUUGUGACGUGGGCGGUCUGCAAUAUUGUAGCGCAAAGUAUAGCGACUGGGUAUGGACAGCCAGCCUCAACAUUAUACGAUUGGACACUUGCUCCUGUACAGCCAGGUGAAGAGGGACCUUUUACACUCUCGCCAGAGCUUCAAGCUCGUCUCGAUAUCGAGAGGUUCUGCGAUAAAGUCUCAAAGGAAAUGUAUAGCAAUGCUAAAGAUCCAAAGGGUGUUGCUGGUGAUGAUGCCAGGCGUCAAUUGACUAGAAUAUUCCGCUACGAGUAUGAAAAGAUGGAGAAAACAGCUCUAUCUCAGCAGAAUUCAUCGCCAAUGAUCAAACUUUACUAUCGUGCGGCUGGGCUGCAUCUUCGCCUUUCGGGUUUCUUUGAUUCAAGUACCACAUCUGGGUACUUGGAUGACUUGAUGGGAUUAUGGCGGGCUACAUAUGAGUUCUUGGAUAUUGUUUUCGAGCUUGAAAACCCACCAUCCGGUAGCAUCACUGGUGGUAUCCUUCGAUUCGCUACAGGCUACAUCUCCCAACUGAUCAUUGCUGCUUCCUUUUCAUUACUAAAGCUACUCAGUUCCUUCUUUGCCAAGUUUAUGGAUUUCGAUCGCGGUCGUCAAUUGUUUCAUCGUGCAAUUGACGCCAUCAGAUCCAUGAGCAUUGUACCAGGGGACUUGCCUCUGAGACUUGCGGAACUUAUGGCUCAGAUGUACAAUGGAGCUCGAGUUGAACAGCGCCAGAUAGCACAACUAAAUAAUGGUAACGAACUAGGUUCAGGUUUUGGUGACAUAGACGAUAGCUUGCAAUUGAAACUCAGAUGCAGGAUGAGCAUGAGCUUGGUAUAUGAUUCUAUAUGGAGAUGGCGAGAGGAAUUCCAAAGCCAAGGCAGAAGUAUUGAAGCAGCGAUCCAAAAUCCGACCAAUCUCGAUAGUUCCAACGAGUCGUCUGCCUCUUCUACUCACCUGGACAGUACUCUUAUUCCUCCAAAUCAUCAAAUGCAGAAUCAACUCCUCGCUGCAGUUAGCGCGGGCAACCCGAGCGAUACCAUUCUCGGUGUCGAUCAGACACUCGGUGGACUUUUUGGUUAUGGCGAACCGAACUUCGAGGGGGGAUUCGAUUCGCAUUCCUGGUUUUUCAAUGGAGGAAUGGAUUUGGGAAUGGAUUUUCCCUACAAUCGACAGGCACUUCAAGGUCUUGAAGCCAGCGGGUUUCUAGCUUGAAAGCCAGAGAGCUUUCAAUUGCCAAGCUAACUUGCGCACUAGACCCAUUCUUACCUAUCCAAGGCUUUUUCCAUGAUCUUUUGACCCUGGGGAAUUCAGCCUCGAGAAAUAAUCGAUGGGAAUGAUUAUUUCCAGGGCUGCGUACUUUAACACUUUUGUUACUAACCGCCCAUUCUUGUUUCUUGAUUCCGAGUCCAACAUAUUUUUACUCUCAACCGCCUGCUUCUUUUCUUCAUCUGUCUUCCAUUCUCAAUUUUUUACGAAUUCACGACUCUUUUAAUGGCGCAUUUGACGGUGGAUAAAAUACCCUUUUUGAGAUUUCUUUCCUUUUUAACCGACUUGGCACAUUUCACUAUGUGCGAUUUUGAAGUUUUUCCUAAUUAUGCCUGGUUUCCUUGCUUCUUUUUACUUCGAUUAUAGCUUAGUCUUCCUGUGCUAGUGUGUCAUAUCACUAGUAUGACAAGAUUAAUAGGUUGAAGUAAUUUUCUUUGAUGAUUAUAUAUCCCCUUUGAACGGAGUUGUUGGACGGAGUGGUACUUGGAGAAACUUUUCUUUCGGCAGUCGGAUAGGCACAACUUGCCAUUGUCUUUCUUCCGGGUGGGUGAGUGGAUGGAUGACAAUGAUGUUGUUGGAAACUGGGGGUUAGCUUGGGUGGGCAAGCUAUCAGGCUGUGGUAUACCCCAAGCUGGUUGAUAACGGUUGAAUGAUAAUGGAUAAUUUGCUUGGUUGAAAUGAAAUGAAAUUAGCGGUUUCAGGGGUCCAAUGGCGAAGAUUUUAAACGUCUACUGCUAUCAGUUGGCUGAUCGAUAGCUGAUAUUCAGUUGAUUGUUAAUAUCGCAUCGUAGGUCGUAGAUAGCAAUUGAAUAAAAGUCAUCAGAGUAAUUAUGGAUGGUGACGAUAUUAUCUUAGCGACGGGCGUACUAUUGGAUUGUCUAGCCUCUUAUGAUUUCGGAGAUGUAGACGGGCCAUUUACGUCGUAUCCAUAUAAUAGAUAACUAGCCGUGGAUGAAAAGGAUUAUUCCAGAAUACUACACUCGAUCAGAUGUAAUUCCCACACGUGCACAUUUCAUGUCUCAUAGUGAUGAUCUGAUCUAAAAUUUUCCGCUCACGUUAGAUGGCUUGGGAAAUAUUUAAUGGAAAGGA